UUUUGGGUGGGACGUACUCCAGUUGGUCGCAGAGCGACUGCGAGGUCCGUCGGUGAGAUGUAAACACGUCCUCACGGUCAAGUCAUUAACCACGAUGCCACACUUAUCCAUGUGCUCACACUGGAUGUUACGAAUAACACGUCCCCUAGUUCGACCGUUUUGGUGUUUAUGGAAGUCAAGUCUUCAUUCUUCGGCACUCUGUGCGUCUUGUGAUGUGGGCUCCCAAGAAAAAAGACCAGAUUCAUGCUCAGCAGAAACUGCCCCUCAUGUGCCAGUGAUGCUAAAUGAAGUUCUUCAUUACUUGGCCAUACAGCCAGGUCAGGUUGUCCUGGACAUGACGUUCGGAGGGGGUGGUCAUACUAAAGCGAUACUUGGUGCCAACCCCAAAGUGACCGUCUUGGCUUUUGACAGAGAUCCAGCAGCUAUUGCAUUAGCCCAGCAAUUAGAGAAAAUACACCGUGGUCGUGUGAAACCAGUGCUUGGUCGUUUUAGUGAGGUUGAAUUGCUCUUGGUGGACAUGAACUUGAAGCCGGGCAGCAUUGAUGCCGUCUUAUUGGAUGCUGGCUGCUCCUCAAUGCAGAUGGAUGAGGCCAGGAGAGGCUUCGCCCUCAGCAAGGAUGGGCCACUGGACAUGAGGAUGGAUGGGGACAGGUUCCCUGACAUGGCCUGUGCUGCUGACGUUGUGAAUACCUUAGACCAACAGGCUCUUGCAUCCAUUUUCACUGCAUAUGGGGAAGAGAGACACGCCUGGAAAAUAGCUUCAGCCAUCGUGGAGGCACGACGCGUCAACCCCAUCACCAGAACGCAGCAGCUAGCCAACGUGAUUGCAGGUUCAUUUCCUCCCACUGCCCUCCGUGCACGUAAGGACCGUCUACAGCGUCCGGCUCAUGUUGCCACCAAGACCUUUCAAGCUCUGCGCAUAUUCGUGAACGACGAGUUGAGGGAACUGCACGCCGGUUUACUCGCUGCUCAAACGGUGCUGAAACCAGGAGGUCGUCUUUGUGUGCUCACUUUCCAUUCAUUGGAGGACAGACUGGUCAAGCGUUUUUUACAGGGCGACGAUUUGUCCAAUCUAAUCGAGUCUCACUUUAGUAAACGGACUUUGAGCAAAGCCAAAGAAAAAUCACCGGAGGAAAGCUGCAACAAGAAAAGUACCUUUUGGACCCCAGUGGUAAAAAAAGUUAUUACUCCAGAAAUGGAUGACGUGGAGAAGAACCCCCGUGGACGGUCAGCUAAACUGAGGGUAGCGCUCAGAUGCUGAAAUAGCUCAGAACGUAUGACGUGCUGCACUUGUGACCCGUCCUUCAUGGUCACAGACUCUUGCCCUGUUAAGCUAGGAGAGGCUUCAGCCUCCGACAACAAGAGUGCAGGACAGACAAAGGAUGAAACAAACUUUAUACCUGAUUUUAAGGUCACUUGUUUAUAAAUGGUUGGGUUUUUUUUUGUCAAUAAAUAUUUUUUUUUUCCCACUAUGGCUGUCUAUAUGUAUUUAUUUAUUUGAAUUAGUAUGUGACUUUGUGCUGCCAGACUAUUAUCCAUUUCUUUUUGGUCAACACCGUAUUAUAAGUGAAUUAUGUCCAACCAAACUUGCAUUCAUCUCCACCUCUUUUGAGCUCUCUUGAACUUGGACUUUCUUGAAAAUAUUUAAAUGUAUUUCUCAUCUCAUCACAUCCGAUGAGCCUCUUGUUUCACCCCUACUUGUUAGUUUAAAUAAGAUUAUUUCUGCAUAACAGUCUCAUGUUUGAAUCCUCAGUUUGAUCAAACUGUGGCAUGAAUCCUUUGAGCCAACGUAACUCUAGACCAAUAAACAAUAUUAAAAUGUCGGAUUCAAACCUUUUUAACUAACCAUUCCCCAUUCCUCUAUUUAAGUUUCCUCUUGAGCAAUUCCUCCUUUCCUAGUAUUUGACACCACAUUACUUUGUUAUUACAGAGAAAUUGCAGAACCUAUUAAACAGCUUUUGCCAUUGACUUCUGUGUUUCCCCUGAAUUUCAGAGCCUCUGCUGAAGCCUCAGCUACACAGUGUGAAUCAAUGAUGCCGCAACGUUCUGACCCAAAGUGGUGCUAAAAGAUCUGGGUGCUUGUUCUUGAGCAUUUUCCCACUGUCAACUGUAAGGCGUUUUGAUCUUUACUAUGUGACUCCAUCAAGAUUAUUAGCACCUUUAUUUCCUCUUGCCUCACUUUAUAACCAAGCUAAAUAUACCCAUCAUUGUUACCUUGGAAACUAAAUGGGGCAAUUGGCAUUUACCUGUGUAUAGCACUAAACACCAUGAUUUUAAAACAUGUUGUGGCUGCUGGUUGUGUUAUGGUGUCUUUCUUCUUCUCACUUCAAUGGAAUUGCGUUCUUAUCCUAGGAGGUACGUCAUUGGAUAUUGAAGAGCUGAGAGAAGACUGGGGAUUGUGUUUGCAAGUGGGGGUAACUUGUUGGCUGAUAUAGAUGCAAGUGCAUGGUUGGGAUCACUGAAAAAGAGUUGAAUCCCCCUCAUUUAGAUUGGGUUCUAGCACAGUAGUGUGGGAAGAAUGGAACAUUCUCUUGAUGUUCUGGUUGGGCUGAAUUCCCUCUACAACUCUUAGGUGUAUGAAUGAACAUCUAUGUACCAAUGCCAUAAAUGAUGCGCAGCCGCUCCCACUGGGAUUUGGUUGAUGCACAAGUUUAUUGAGAAGGUUUGUACAGAUGGAUCUUGGAACCUCCCUGAGGUGGUCUGGGCAAGUCCAACUUCAACUGCUGUCCUUUACACCCACAACGCCAUGACAUUGACAAUGUAAUCCAGCAGCUUGGAAACAGUGUUGGACGACCAGGUCAAACCUGGUCUUGGGCAGCAUUUAGGCAUAACAUUUUUUUGGCUGAAGCCAAAGAAAAUUUUAAAUACAGGUGGUCGGAACUAUCCGGACUUAAUACUUGUCAUGGUCAACAAAGACAUAAUCAAAUAUAGAGGGAACGUGUGAUACAUGGGUUGUAAAGUCAAAAUCAUUUACACUUGUGUUGAACCGCCAAUGUUGCGUCAGCAGUCGUGAGGCGCAGAGUUGGUGCUGUCACAGCUUAACGGGAGGUUGUGUUGCCAGGUUGGUGCUUGGAGAAUGGCAGAAUUUUUUCAAUGGUCUUGCAGAGUCCAGUCCAACUUCGCAGUGGUUUUUUAAAAGAACACAUUUUCUUACAUUGCGCUGAUAAGAAUUAAAAAGCAUAGUUCAGGUUGUGCUGCACGUGUCACACGCCACUAUUUGGCUUCGGUGUUGCCUUUUUUACACAAUUCCACCACUGAAUGAUCGGUUCAAGCCUAGUUUUUUGAUCAUGGAAAUAAGGAUAUUAUUGUAUUCAUGCGAUAUGUUCUGUGACAUUCGUAGCUAAGUGAAACUUAAGCGGUGAAUUGGUAACUGUGAAAGUUGGUCAUUUUCUUGGUUAAAUAUCAGUAACUUAGACACGAAGGACCAGUCCAGGUCUGUGUGCUGACAGAUGCAGCCAUGUCCAUCCCCGUCUGUGUGGCUGAAAACAUGACACGAGCUAUGAAGUAGCCUCACAUCAUUUCAACAAAUGCCACUCAGGCUAAAGCUAUCAGUACUUGUGACUUAUCCAAUGCUUCUGCUCAACCCGAAAUCAUACACUUUGCUGUUAUUGAUCCUUAAAUUGGCAAAUUGGUUGUGUUGCUGUCACUCAUACAUGAAGUGAAAGUGGACGUGGGCUGUUCAUCUGGUGUUUACCCUUUGAAAAGUUGUGUGACUCUGUCCCCUCUCUCCUCGUUUCUGAUCUUGCUUUGGAAAUGCAUUGCCUCAAGCAUGCUUUUGUUUAAAAGGAGUCAGAUACUUUUGAACUCUCUGAUGGAAGAUCUGUGCAUUGUUAUUAUGGAGCAGAAAAAAUAGCAUAAAUAUAGGCGCAAUAUGACACAGAAAAGGUCUUUGACUUCAAGUCAUUGGAUUGUUAACCAGCUGUUUGAGCCAAGAUGCCAAGUAAAUGUUGUGAUAAUGCAUAGUAUUUCAGUUCCAUACUUGUCUUUUUUGUACUCCACAGCUGAAGCAUUCGGCGCUCAUAAUGGAUUAAAGGGUAAUACCACAGCCAGAUGCUGUGCCUGGGUUUUACAACAAGCAAGAGGGAUUUAAAAUAUUCAUUCAUUAAUCUUUUAUUGCUUGUCCCAAAAAGGGGCACGGCUGGGUCUCCAAGUUGUGUCUGGACGAAGCCCAGACGCAGGCUUGAAAUACCACUCCGGGAUGGGUCAGCUGGAGGUUCAC